AUCUGUACAGUGUAUGUACGCUUGGUAGCAAGAUAUAUACCGGUAUCCCGCACAACUUCAAACUAAUGGAAGAUGCCACCUUAAAGACGAGUGCUGUUGGGGACAGAGGUGGGGCAGCGAGUGUGGUUAUUGAGACUAUAUAUCCAAUUAGGGAGGAUGAAGUGUCCCCAGUUUAUUCAGCGGACAAGCCUUUGACGAUUAUGAUCGAGCAGAAUUCCGAGGGAGAAGAGUCAUACGAAGAACCUCCAUCUGAGGGCUUUGUAUCACGACAUGUAUCUUGUUCUAGAAAACGAAAAUUGGAAGCAAAGUUUUUAGAUAAAAAAUCAGUUAUUUCUCUCUUAUUGGAAUCAGAGUCAAAUAUAUCAAUAAUACCAUGUGAACCAGAGUCAAAUCAAUAUUAUCUUCUGAAAGAUAACAGAAAUUAUGUCUAUGGUCGUCGAAGAACAAGUCGAAACACUUUCAAUGUUGAUAAUCAUAAAUGGGAUUAUACAUCACUAAAAAAACAUUACUAUGUUUUUUCGAAUGGUGAAUUCAAAUAUGUUGAUUUUAUUGGUGGUCAAUAUUUGAUUCAUGUUCCAAAAAUGUCACAAGAUAAGACAGAACGACAACCUAUGUCUUGUCAACCAGAGCCUGAAAAGAUUUUAAUCAUGAGAAAGUGGUAUGGUUCAAUUAGAGGCAUUCUUAAAAGGCGAAUUUCAUACAUUGAGAAAUUUCCAGCUGGUAUAAAGCCAAAACAACAGAAUCUCAUUUUGGUAGAAUACUGUGAAGAUGUCGACCAUCAUUUACAAAGAGCAAAAAUGAUGAAAAUUGAAGGAUGCAAUGCUUACAGCAGUAUAUUUCAACCUGAAGAAGAAAAUAUAAAUAUGGUCGAACCGAGUCUUAAAGAUUCUUCAUUUUUUCAUUUAACAUCUAUAAAUCUAAAAGAAGUCGGAAAUUGUCAAAUCAAUAUGGGUGGUAAUAACAAUGGUCUAUUUUUUGAUAAGGAUCGAGCAAUUGAAAUUUUGCUGAAUGCUGAAACAAGUCUAGAUGAGAUUCCCCAAGGUUUAAAAGAGAAUGAAUAUUUCAUUAUUAAUAAUGAAGAUAAUUAUCGAAGGGCCUUAGAAGGAAAAAGAAGAACAUAUAUAGAUGACUGUGGUGUUUGGAAAAAUGUAUCAAUGAAGAAGCAUUUAUAUACACUCAUAGAUGACAAAUAUGUUUAUGUUGACUAUACUGGUGGUAAAUACAAAAUUUCCAAUUUGACUUUAAGAGCACAAACUGAGAAAAAUCUUGAAAAAUCGCAGAUCUUUGUAAUGAGAAAAGUGUAUGGAUCGUUAAAAAGAGAUGAAAACUACAAGCGUAGAAUAUGUUGGAUUGAUGAAUUUCCCGAAGGUGUAUUCCCGAAGCAGAAAAACAUUGCACUUGUAGAAUAUAUUGGAAAGUAUCCAAACGAAGAUGUUCCACAUGGAAAUCAAAAACUGCCUGGUGGCUUGCCAUAUGUUAGAACAUCAGCUAAGCUCAUGAAGGAACUGAAAGAAAAAGUUGUGCACAAGACUGCAAAAGAAAUAAUCAAAGAAAUCGGAUUGGAUAGCAACCCAAAGAAUAUAAAACAAUUGCAAAAUUUACGCUAUCGAAGUAAUUUGAAAAUUUCAGCAGGAUCUGCUAAUGAUCAAGUUCAUAAUGAUGAGCUUCAGCAGGUUUUGGCAAUGGUUCAUGGCCAUUCAUAUGUUCAGCAAUGUAUAUGCACAAAAUACAAACCGCCAGUAGUUAUUGCAUACACUUCUCAACAAAUGAAUUCUUUCAAAUACAGAUGUCAAGAAAAAUCUGGGUUGAAUCGUGUUCUUGGUAUUGACAGGACCCUAAAUGUUGGGCCAAUCAGUUUAACAAUAUUAACUUAUCCUCAACCUAACUUAUUAUGUCGUAAAACAUCACAACCAGCAGUGAUGAUGGGGCCAGUGUUUUUACAUAUCGAUAAAUCUUGUCAAACAUAUACAUUAUUAUUUAAUCAUAUAAAAGGAUGUUUACUAGAAGCAGAGAAGGCUGAUAUCGAUGGGAUCAGUGUGGCCUGCAAACCAGAAGAGGAAAAAGCAAUCAUCAAUGCAUUGAAUUUUUCGUUUCCUGCCGCAACUGUAACUCACUGCGUUGAUCACAUGAAAAUGGAUCUGAGAGACCAUCUGUCAUCAGAGAUUUGUCUACCUGAUGAUGUUGCUGAUAACAUUAUAAAGCAGAUGUUUUCAACCCUGAGGGAUGUGUUGAGGAUUAUGAUUUUGAUAUGA